UAGCGGUUGGUUUGCUACACUGCAGCGCCGUGUUUUGCUUCAGGCUAAAGGAAUAUGGCGGAGAGAGAGAAAUCUGUAAACGGACUGGAGCUCAGCAAGGAAUGGCUGGACGCUGCAGACUGCAGAGCCGAGCUGCUCCAGUACCUGAAGGAGCAUGUGCCACAGAUCUUCUGCCUGAAGAAGGAGUCCAGCCCUCAGGAAGAGGAAGCGCUCACGCAGAGCCGCCUGCUUUACCCUCUAGAGUGUUUUCUGUUCAGAGAAGACCCUGAAGAUGGUCUGGAGACGCUAAAACAGGGUAGCACCUCCUCUCAGCUUUGCGGACGUGUGUUCAAAGAGGGAGAGACUGUCUACUCCUGCAGGGACUGUGCCAUAGAUCCCACUUGUGUUUUCUGCAUGGACUGCUUCCAAGAUAGCGUACAUAAAAGCCAUCGCUACAAGAUGCACGCAUCAUCAGGCGGGGGGUUCUGUGACUGUGGUGACAUUGAAGCCUGGAAAAUUGGUCCUUGUUGCUCCAAACAUGACCCGGGAGCAGCCACCGCCAUGGUAACGGAUGACUGUAUGUUGGAGCCGGAGGUAUACGAGCGUGCUGAGAAACUGUUCCGGAUACUGCUGCGCUACGUCACAGACUUCUUGGUGUGGGAGGAGAUCUUUGAGCUCCCAGCUGAAUUCCAGCCUCGGGUGAAAGAAAAUGCGUACUACUGUGUUUUAUACAAUGAUGAGCACCACUCGUACGACCACGUGAUCUACACCCUGCAGCGGUCUGUCCACUGUGGUCAGGCUGAAGCACAAACACACACAGCUCUUAUUGACAAAGAGGGUCGGCGGGCAGUAAAGAGAGGAACCUUACGCUCCUGUCAGCAAGCAAAAGACUCAAUCAGGUCCAACUCCGAGCACAUUUCUCUGCAGCCACUGCGCGUGGAGAUCCUUCAUGCGACUAUAAUGGCUCAUCAAACGUUUGCGCUCCGCCUUGGAUCUUGGUUUCAGAAAAUCAUUGGUUAUUCAGCGGGCUUCAGGCAGGCCUUCUGCCAGGUGGCGUUGGAGCCAAACACAGACCGAGACGGACCGUGUCUCAUCAGCAGACUCAUGCUGCACGAUGCCAGGAUGUACAAAGGAGCUCGCAAGAUUGUACAUGAGCUGAUUUUCUGUAGCAUGCUAAUGGAUGCUGAAUUCAAAAGGCUUUUUGCUAUUGAGUUUACAAAGCACUACAAGCAGCUGCAGAAGGACUUUAUCAUUGAUGAUCAUGAAAGGAGUAUAUCCAUCACAGCUCUGUCUGUUCAGAUCUUCACUGUUCCCACAUUAGCCAGGCAGCUCAUAGAAGAGUGCAACGUCAUUAAGGUGAUUGUUGACACGGUCAUGGUGCUGCUGCGGGGACAUGUCGAUGGCAGCAAUCACUUUUUCUUCCUGGGCUACAACUCUGACAAGUUCUCACGCAUCCAGAUUGUUUUUCACGACCUCAGGUAUAUCCUAAUCAGUAAACCAUCAGUAUGGACGGAGGAGCUGAGGGAACCGUUCCUGGAGGGAUUCGGUGUUUUUCUUGCGUUUCUCAAAUGGAUGCAGGGUAUGGAGGAGGUGAAGCGGCAGCUUGGUCAACAUAUUGCAGUGGAGCCAGAAUGGGAAGCUGGUUUUACUCUCCAAAUUCAGCUUCGUCACAUUCUUGCCAUGUUUCAGGAUUGGUGUUCUUCUGAUGUUGAGCUCUUGCUGCUCGCCUUUAAGCAGUGCCACACAGUCCUGAUGCAGUGCAACAACCAGCCCUUCCACAAAGAGGCCACAGACUACUACAUGUGCAAACGCAUCCUCCAUGUUCAUCCGUAUAAAGUCUCGCAGGAGCCGGUCAGCAUACACCUGCCCAUUUCCAGGCUACUGGCUGGUCUGUAUGUACUUCUGUGUAAGGCAGGGGCAACUGAACUUCUUGAUAACGCUGAAAGCUACGACUUCACUCAGCUUGCAGAGCAACCUCUGCGCUGUGUGGUUCUGGCUGCACAGGUCUCAGCAGAAAUGUGGCGAAGAAACGGGCUGUCAUUAGUCAGCCAGGUCUACUACUACCAGGACGUAAAAUGCAGAGAUGAGAUGUAUGAUAAAGAUGUUAUCAUGCUGCAGAUUGCUGCUUCCAAAAUGGAUCCCAACCACUUCCUCAUGCUGAUUCUGCUGAGAUUUGAGCUCUUUGAAUAUUUCAAUGGAAGUCAGUUAAUCAAAGAUCAGGAUGAGCUGAUGCAGUGGAACCGUUUGACGGAAGAGAUGCUCUACCUGCUGAUUGUCAUCUUUGGUGAGCGCUAUGUUCCUGGCAUCAGUCAGGUGACCAAAGAGGAUGUGACGAUGAGGGAGGUCAUCCACCUCCUGUGCAUUGAGCCCAUGGCUCACAGCACCCUGGUCAAAAACCUCCCAGAGAACGAAAACCAUGAAACAGGCCUGGAGGCAGUAAUAACUAAAGUUGCUACUUUCAAAAAGCCGGGUGUGUCGGGACAUGGAUUAUACGAAGUAAAAAAAGAUUGUCUGAAAGAAUUUAAUCCUUUCUUCUACCACUACUCGAGAUCUCAGCAUAGCAAGGCUGAAGAAUGUCAAAAGAAAAGGAGAGCUCAGGAGGGUAAUGAUAAAGCGCUGCGUCCUCCGAUGCCACCAGACUUUUGUCCAAAUUUUUCCAGUAUAGUGCGCCUCCUCUGCUGUGAUGUUAUUGUUUAUGUCCUGAGAAACAUCCUGCAGAGAGCUGCAGAGGACCAGCCAACACACUGGACCGAAGCCAUGAUCCAGAGGGCCCUGCACCUGAUUGGUCAAGCUUUGCUAGAAGAGAAAGCACAGCUUGAGAAUAACUCUGUAGAGGAAGUGACCUUUGACUUCAGCCUUAAAGCCCGCGUUGUCGGUUCCGAACAAGGGAUGUCUGUGUUUCUUUUGUUGUCAAAAAUCAAAGCUUUGCCUUCACUUGAAGCUCAGAAAGACAUGAUCAUAUGGCUUCUGCAGAUGUUCGAGAUUGUCAAGUGCCUUAGAGAGAAGUCCAGUCCUAUAGUGUCAGUGAGCAUGGAAACGAACAAACCAGAAGAGAGUGUUCAGGACAAAGAUAAAGCUGAGAGGAAACGGAAGGCGGAUGCAGCGAAGCUCCACAGACAGAAGAUCAUGGCCCAGAUGUCGGCGAUGCAGAAGAACUUCAUUGAAUCAAACAAAAUGCUGUACGACAACAUGCCUGAGAGCGGGGCACAAGGAGAACCUGCCGCAUCUGCUGAGUGCUGUGCCAUGGACCAGAGGGAACUUUGCAUAGCCAUUGGGCCUCAAAGAGGGCCCACCCCAGCUGAGCGGGAGGUGCUCACCUGCAUUCUGUGUCAGGAGGAGCAGGAGGUGUUGCCUCUGGCACCAGCCAUGGUGCUGACUGCGUGUGUCCAAAGAUCCACAGUUUUGACACAAUGCAGAGGAACAAUACCGCCCAUGAAAACAGAUGGGUCAGGGACGUAUCCCCUCUUCAUGCCUCCUGAACUUGCUGUGGGGACGAACACUGGGAGCUGUGGACACGUCAUGCACGCCACAUGUUGGCAGAAGUAUUUUGAGGCAGUUCAAAAUACCACCAGGAACCGGCUCCACGCUGAGCUGAUUGUGGAUCUGGAGAACGGAGAGUACCUCUGUCCUUUGUGCAAAUCUCUCUGCAACACUGUGGUCCCUCUCAUCCCAUUAGAGCCACUUACUUUUAACUAUGAAAAUUCAGAGAUAAUUGGACAGAAUUUAACGUUGCCUCGAUGGAUCCAGGUCCAAACUGCCAGAAUUAAAGGACUGAAGUCGGUCUCUCAGGAUAACGACUUGAAUGUGGAUGGCAGUAGUGGCGUUAGUGGUACCGCUGGGCUGUGUGCUGAUGGCCAGGCAGACUUUCGAUCCAUUUUGUCUUACGGAGUACAAGAACCGAGGAAGUUCUCAGACAGCAUUGCAGAGAUGCUGGUUGUGUGCGCCACCACGGUCCACAGAGUGGGCCUGAAGACCGCACCCAAUGAGCUUUGCCCCCAUGUGCCCCUCAUGGCCUGGAACACAUGUGCUUUUACCAUUCAGGCCAUAGAAAACAUAUUGCAGGAAGAGGAAAAGCCACUGUUCGGAUCCUUACAGAACCGACAGAUUGCAGGUCUGAAGGCGAUUGUUCAGUUUGCAGCAUCACAGAGACUUAAGAGCUCCCAGGCAGUCAUCCAGAGGCACUACGCCGACAUGAUGGGCGUUUUGCUACCUGUCCUGAGCCGACAAAACACACCUUCUAUCCUGGAAGUGGACUUUUUCCAUCUUAUGGUGGGGCUGGUGUUGUCUGUACCUUCACUGUAUCAGGAGGAAGGAGUGGACUUACAGCCGUCUGCUAUAAGUUCUGCCUUCAACAACCUGUACAUCCUCCACCUGGUCACCAUGGCUCACGUGGUGCAGGUUCUCUUGACUUCCACAGAUUUCCCUUCUGUGGGAGUUGAAGAGGAGACGGAGGAGGGGAGAGCAGCAGCAGAGUUGUACACUACAGUUUUGCAGCACACGGGACGGCUGAUUCCUGAUUUGUCCGGCAGCUCCGUGGCACAGAGGGUAAAGAUGGGAAUCGAACCCUUUCUGCGCAGUGCUGCUCUUUUCUUCAAUUGUCUCACAGGAAUACAACCACCAGAGGACCUGUUUAGUGCAUCUGUUUCCCCUCAAGGACACAUGGAGGCACUAUGCAGCUACUUGGCUCUACCUUUUAAUGUAUUCCAGCUCUUUCAGGACUACAGGGACACCAUUUCUCCUCUCCUUCAGAGGUGGUGUGGAAGUCCAUUUAUAACCAAAGCCCUGAAAGGCAAAGCUCAGAUUGUCAGAUAUCCAAGGAGAAGGAAUCGUUUGAUUGAUCUUCCUGAGGAUUACAGCACUCUCCUCAAUAAAGCCAGCCAUUUUCAGUGUUCAAAAUCUACCGAUGAUGAGCGAAAGCAUCCGACUCUGUGCCUGGUUUGCGGGGCCAUGCUGUGCUCGCAGAGCUCCUGCUGCAUCAGCCAGCUGGACGGGGAGGACGUGGGAGCGUGCACGGCCCAUGCUGCUACAUGUGGGGCUGGAGUGGGCUUGUUCCUCAGGAUAAGAGAAUGUGAAAUUGUCCUGAUGGCAAGCAAGACGCGAGGAAGUACGUACCCAGCCCCUUACUUAGAUGAUUAUGGGGAGACCGACCCUCAUCUUGGAAGAGGCAAUCCUUUGCACCUUUGUCCGGAUCGCUACAGGAAGCUGAACCAGCUGUGGCAGCAGCACUGCAUCCUGGAAGAAAUCGCCCGCAGCCUGGAGGUGGUCAAUGUUAUGUUUGCCUUCGAGUGGCAGCUGGUGUGAUCAUCGCACCAGCCGCGGCGGCCAGGAAGUUACGAGCACAGCCAUAUAUAUAUAAAAAAAAAACCCAGUUCUGUUCUCGGUUCAGGCAUACUUCUACAAUCAAAGAGGCCGAUCCCUUCCAGAGAGGUGGACCAGUCAGAGAUGAAAAAAUCAGAUUGGUGUAAAGGUAACCCAAGCUGCCUUGUUUCAGUUUGAUUACCUGUGGUAAGGACGAGUGAUGUUUUCAAAUAAAGUCAAACGCGCAUUUAUUUUUAGUUUAUGGCUUUGAAUUUUCAGCAUUAUGUAUCAUGUUUAAAAACUCAAGAUACUUUUAUUCAGUUGUGUUUUGGAGGACGUUGAA